AUCCUUCAAUCUUUAAUUCCACCACCUCUCAAAACCAAAUGGCUGCAACAAUGGCCCUCUCCUCCCCUUCCCUUGCCGGAAAGGCGGUGAAGGUUGCCCCAACAGCCUCUGAGAUCUUCGGUGAGGGCCGAGUUUCCAUGCGCAAGACUGGUGGCAGGCCCAGGCCCGUUUCUGGCAGCCCGUGGUACGGUCCUGACCGUGUCAAGUACCUCGGUCCUUUCUCCGGUGAGCCACCAUCUUACCUCACCGGUGAAUUCCCUGGUGACUACGGCUGGGACACUGCUGGUCUCUCCGCUGAUCCAGAGACCUUUGCCAAGAACCGUGAGCUUGAGGUCAUCCAUUGCCGCUGGGCCAUGCUCGGCGCCCUCGGCUGCGUCUUCCCAGAGCUCUUGUCACGCAACGGUGUCAAGUUCGGUGAGGCAGUGUGGUUCAAGGCUGGUGCACAGAUCUUCAGCGAGGGUGGCUUGGACUACUUGGGCAACCCCAGCCUGGUGCACGCUCAGAGCAUUCUUGCCAUCUGGGCUUGCCAGGUUAUUCUCAUGGGUGCCGUCGAGGGAUACCGCAUUGCUGGUGGCCCUCUCGGAGAGAUCACUGACCCUCUAUACCCAGGAGGCAGCUUUGACCCACUGGGUCUUGCUGAUGACCCAGAAGCAUUCGCGGAGCUGAAGGUGAAGGAGAUCAAGAACGGUAGAUUGGCCAUGUUCUCAAUGUUUGGAUUCUUUGUUCAGGCCAUUGUGACAGGAAAGGGUCCAUUGGAGAAUUUGGCUGAUCAUCUUGCUGACCCAGUUAACAACAAUGCUUGGGCUUAUGCCACCAACUUUGUUCCUGGCAAAAGAUAUACUCAGAACCAACCUUCAGCAGUGUGUGGCUGUGAGGCGUCAGAACUUCAGAAAUAUCCAAACAAGACUCAACCAUCCAAUCAGCAAAUGCAAACUGAUACCAAGAAUCUGCAGCUGAUGUGGAAACUCAUCAUCUCACACUGCUACAACCUUCUCUUCAAACAAACUCCUCCUUGUCUAGAAGAAAUGGCAGCCACAAUGGCCCUCUCCUCACCUUCCCUCGCCGGAAAGGCAGUGAAGGUUGCCCCAACAGCUUCUGAGAUCUUUGGUGAGGGCCGGGUUUCCAUGCGCAAGACUGGUGGCAGGCCCAGGCCCGUUUCUGGCAGCCCAUGGUACGGUCCUGACCGUGUCAAGUACCUCGGCCCCUUCUCCGGUGAGCCACCAUCCUACCUCACCGGUGAAUUCCCCGGUGACUAUGGCUGGGACACUGCUGGUCUCUCCGCAGAUCCUGAGACUUUCGCCAAGAACCGUGAGCUUGAGGUCAUCCACAGCCGCUGGGCAAUGCUUGGAGCACUUGGCUGCGUCUUCCCGGAGCUGCUGUCACGCAACGGUGUGAAGUUCGGUGAGGCAGUGUGGUUCAAAGCCGGUGCACAGAUCUUCAGCGAGGGUGGCUUGGACUACCUAGGCAACCCUAGCCUGGUGCACGCUCAGAGCAUUCUUGCCAUCUGGGCUUGCCAGGUUAUUCUCAUGGGUGCCGUCGAGGGAUACCGCAUUGCUGGUGGCCCUCUCGGAGAGAUCACUGACCCUCUUUACCCAGGAGGCAGCUUUGACCCACUGGGUCUUGCCGAUGACCCAGAGGCAUUCGCAGAGCUGAAGGUGAAGGAGCUCAAGAACGGUAGAUUGGCCAUGUUCUCCAUGUUUGGAUUCUUUGUUCAGGCCAUUGUCACCGGAAAGGGACCACUGGAAAACCUGGCCGACCACCUAGCCGAUCCCGUCAACAACAAUGCCUGGGCAUAUGCCACCAACUUCGUCCCUGGCAAAUGAGUGAGGAGCAAUGGAUGUUGCUUGUCUGCCGCUCCAUCUUUUCCACCAGCACUGAAUCAUCUUGGACAUUGUAAUCUUGUGCUUGUGGAUUGAGAUUGGUGUUGGCAAUGUAAAAUAUUGAGCUCUGUACCAGCAGUUUUAUUUUCAACAAUGUUUAUGUAACGUUUGUCUGUGUUC